GCAUUUGAGGUGAUUUUUAGUUUUAAUAUCUACUCACAGGGUCAUUAAAUGGAAAAAAUAAGGCGGUAUCUCGGGCGAUACCAAAAUGGGGCCAUGUGAACCACUUUUUCGAUUUUUGUUUUAUAGCACAUAGUAAUAAAUAGGUUUAAAUUUAAAAAGUAUAGAGAAAACAUGAGACAUAACUGCACUUUUAAAGGGAGAAUUGCUGUAUCAGAUUUAACAGGUAGUUAACUAACUUUUCAAAAUAAGGUGCUAAUAUUUAUUAGUUAAAUCCCUCCUUCUAACACUUGGCGGCGACAGGUGGCGCUUGGAGUCAUUCCAGAAGACGGGUGAUGCUAUUUGCUCUCACGACAGAUCGAUCAAGUAAAUUCUUGCAGGCUAAUAGCAGGGGGCUCAUAAUACUUGCACUUGACGGUCACCAAGAUGUUAAGGACAGAAACUUGUUUGCUCUUCCUCCUUUUACAUGGGCUGGACUGCGCGAAUAUACAAGAGCAGAACGCUGUAAGAAAAGCCCUGCGAGCGGACCUACUGAAGGACUAUGACCGAAUUGUGGGGCCGGUUUCACACUCACCAAGAAGCCUUCUCGAACUGACAUUUGUUUUAAAAAUCACUAAACUUAACAAAGUGGACACAAAGAACCAGGUGAUCAGCGUGAAUGCGUGGGUUUUCCAGGUGAGAUGUAAAGGCUUAACUAGGACGAAGUUGUACGGGAAAAACACACCCCGCAGAUACAACAGAAGAACCGAUAUAACUGAGACCUCCAUGGAGGCGACUUAUUUCCUUGUUUCACACUGUAUAUUUGAGAUCAAUGCGCACAACUUGGUAUUUUCACAGCAAUGGAAAGACCCUUCCCUUCAAUGGGACAAAGCGAAGUACAACCUCCAUAAAACGCGCUUCAGCCCCAAAGAAAUUUGGGUUCCAGACGUUUCACUUAUUAACAAUGGUGAUAAGCUGGUGCAUGUGGCGGGUGGAGCCGAGCUGUUUAAUGCAGACACGGUUGUUCGUCAGAGUGGGAAAGUUGACUGGAUCGCGCAAGCUUCCUUCACCAGUACGUGUAACUUGAGGGUGCGAUUCUGGCCAAUGGAUGACCAGUUCUGUACACUAACUUUCUCUUCCUGGACAUAUACCGAAAGUGAAAUAGCCCUGAAAAUGGAUAACAGCGGAUUGACAACGGGUCAUCUGUCCAACAAUGAAUGGGAUAUUCUCAACAUCACAGUCAAGAGGGGACUGCUGGAUCACAACAACUGCUGUGACGCUAACUUUAGCUCAGUGAGUUACACGAUCCACAUGCGUCGUAAGCCGCUCUUCCUGCUUUUCUACUUGGCCUCACCCGCAGUCAUCCUGGCUGCGCUGAGUCUCGCCAGCUUCGCUAUCCCGGCCGAGAGCGGUGAGAGGAUCGGCUUCGUCACUACUAUCCUACUCGCCAUGAUGGUCUUCUUGCUGCUGCUGCCCGAGUACCUUCCGGAGAAUGCCGACGAGCUUCCGAUCAUCGGUAUCCUGUUGGUUAUCACCUUGAUCAUCAUUACCACCGUGCUUCUCGCCACCAUCUGUGUUCUCAGGUUUGUUGAGUGGUUCUAUCAUCACUCCGGAAAGCCCUCCAAGCUUGUCAAAACAUUGCUGUUGUUCAACUGCUGCUCCAAGACGAAGCAGAACCGAAACCAUGAGAAAUGCGUCCAUAACGGCAAGAGUGAGACCCGGAGCAAGAAGUCGGACGUACAACCUAUGGAGCUGGAGGACAUGGAGAAUCCAAGGAGGCCCGAGGCCAAGGACGAGGAGCCUACUCUUGAGAAAGACAUCGACAUCCAAAGAGACGCCCCUCGCAAUGAUGAGAACAAAGUAUCCUGGCAAGACGUGUCCGUCCGGGUAGACCGUGUCAUGUUCGUCAUUAUCAUAGCCACGUCAAUGAUUGCUUGCUACCUUGUGUAUAUUUGGCGAUAGAAGUAGGUGUCUCCGAGCAUACCAUGCCAUGCUUUAGUUACCGUGGCGACGUUAAUAAUCGCUUGCUAUCAUGUGAAUAUACGCGUUUCAAACGCGGGAUGUGCGUUUUAUUGCUUUUAUAAAAUAACUAAGACACAACAUACCAUAAUCAAAGAAAUAAAGAGAUGCGUUCAUUUUA